AUGGCGUCCGAACAUGAUGCCGACGCCAUGGAUGUUUCAGCCGAGGCGCCUGUUGUUCCACCAGCAAGCACGACUGUCUUGGACUUUUCCGACUUGGAUGCAUCGAUUCAGUCAUUUACACGCCGAUUUGACCACUAUGUCCAGACCACCAUUGCUUCGUGUGAUGAAGCUCGUCUUGCGGCUGAUGCACAACGCACUGAAAUCCAAGAACGCGUUCGUGCACUGGAGCGUGAGCGCGAAGACACGAAACAUGCUCAGAAAGAGCUUUGGGAAAAUGUGGCCUCUGAGCGAGAUGCAGAUGCAAAGCUACGCGCCAGUGUGCAGAAUCUGAUGGCACAGCGGGAAGCACUCGUACAGCGAACAGCCGGGAUUCGGAAGGAAGUGUCCGAGAUUCGUGCUCAGAUGGAGGCUCGAAAACAGCACAAACAAAUGCAAGUCCAGCGUCUGCGCGAGCAAGUUCGUCGUAAUGCGCCAGAACUAGCCCAGCUCGAACGCUUAACUGGGUGUACUAUUUCGCCUAGUGUCCGGGCAGGCACUAUCGAUUUUGCAUUCUCCCUCAUAUCACGCGACAACCCUGCACGGUCAGCGACUCUGUCGUUAGACGUGUCGAAAACGCAAUACAAGGUCCCCACGUAUGAUUCGAUCCUCUCUGCCGCGACUGUGAAGGCUCUUCUUCAAGAGCUAGAGCGCACCGGGGACGUCUACACGUUUCUCAAGCGAGCUCGAAGUGCGAUGGUGGACAGUUUGGCCAGGGAGAACUGA